UGCAUUGCCCUUUUGUGUGCCUUUAGUUGUAUAGUUAUAUAGUAUUGCAUUUUGUACUGUUUGAAACUUGGGAUAAGUUUCCUUUUGAAUUUCACAGAAUGUCAAGUCAUAGCAAUGAGAUUUUGCAAACAAGGGUCAAAUCUCCCCGCCCAGUCAGAGAAAGGCACCCCACAGAGAAAACAAUGCUCUGCCUUUUGCAGAAGGAAGGCAAGCUUAGGCAGAGGUUUAACAGAGCUUGGCAAAACCUGCCGACCAUAGCUGAUGCAAUAAGGGCAUCCCUUUGCCCAAAGGAAAAGGAAAUUCUCAGGCAAGAAUUUGUAAAGGCCUUCAAUAAUGGGAGUGCUAUUGCAGAAGAAAUAAUCUAUGUACUGAACAAAAUUAACACUCCAGAGUCUUUAGAUAGGGCUAAGGAAAUUUCUUUUAGCCUACAAGAAGAGAGGAGGCGCUACAGCGCAGUCCUAUUUGAACCAGAGCCCAGUUCCUUAUUCAAAGGUGCAGAAGAAAGGGUUCAAGGCUCCCCAUGUGUAAGCCUUAGAUCCAGUCUGCUCAAGAUUCCAUCUAAUGAUGCUAGCCUUAAAUCCAAGCAUUCAUCUAGGCAUAGCAGUUCCUCCCAAUCCACACACUCAUUCAUCAGUACUUCUUCCAAAGCAGCCCACUACAACAGAGAGGCUGUCCGUUUGAAAAUUAGAAAAGAGGUUUUAGAAGCAGAGGCGUCUGCAGAAAUGGCUAGGCAAGACUUUGCCUUCAAUGAAGAGGAACUCCUCCUUCAACAGGCUAAAGCCAAGCAGAAACUGCUUCUAGCGCAGGCUAGGGCUCAACAAGAAGCUGACCUAGCACAGGCCAGGGCCCAGAGAGAAAUAGAGCUUGCAAUGGCUGAAGCCAAGCAAGAUGAACUGCAACGGGAUCUAGAUCUGCUUCAAGUAAAAAGAGACACAGCACAAAAGAUAGUCAGAGCUAACGUUCUAGCCAAAGCCCUAUCACAGGAACUAACCCAAGAAAACCUUAGUUUCCUGCCAACACAAGAGCCUACAGCAAAGGUUUCAGCACACCUGCAACUGGCACCACCUGUAGUGCAGAGUCAUAUCUCCUUUUGCCACCUUGAAGAUCGCUCACCUGUUCCAGUGUUCCUGACUUCAAGGCCAGCCCAUUCCUCAGAAGUACAGCAAAGCACGGCCGGGAGAGUGCCAUCUCUGUCAGAGUCCAUUCCUGCACUUAGGCCUCAGAGAUACCACCUGUCUACUUGGGAACGAAUGGAUGACGUCUUUCAACAACAUCCAGAUGUCCAUCCACAUUGGCAAGGCAUGGCCGGGAGUGAACCACCACAUUCAUCCCUGCAUACCAAGUCAAUUCUCCCAUCGCUGAAGAUGAAGGCUUCAGAGGUGCUGCCUGCCAGCAAUCUGCUGAACCCAGCAUCGCCUACCAUCGCGAAAAGAUGUGUUCAACCGAAGAACAUUGAGUUUGUCACGCCACAUCACACUCCUCAGAUGUACCCUUACACACUGGAGUCUCAAUUGGGUUCCCUCUUGAGAAAUCCAAGAAGAGACAUCAGAGACAAAGGCGUCCAGAAAUUCACUGACCGACCGGAUGACUACCUUCUGUGGAAGAUCACCUUCAUGAGGGCCAUUCGAGAUUUCAAGCUAGAAGCGGAUGAAGAACUGUCCCUUCUUAUGGCGUGGCUUGGACCCAGCUCAGCCGAGCAAGUAAAAAGACUUUAUGCUGCUCAUGUAGCAGACCCCCAAAGAGCUUUGUCCACAGCGUGGUCUCGCUUGGACCAGCGCUUCGGUGCGAGCACUGAGAUAGAAGCAUCCCUCAUGGAUCGACUCAACAGGUUCCCAUCACUGAAGAUGAAAGAUUGCAAACAGCUUUGGGACUUUAGUGAUCUUUUACUAGAGCUAGCUUCAGCCAAAGGAAAUCCAGAGCUGCCAGGUUUAGCAUGUCUGGACCAGCACACGUCACAGAGUGCCAUUCUCUGCAAACUUCCUUUUCCUCUUCGAGAAGCUUGGGGGAAACAGGUGUUCAAGUACAAAGAGGAGAAUGCAAAUGUAUACCCGCCCUUCACCUUUUUGGUGGAUUUCGUCACUAGAGCAGCCCGUGAGAGGAAUGACCCUCAAACAGGUCUUCUCGCUUUGUACCAAGACCUAAAGCCUGAAAAGACCUCCAAAGAAGACAAAGCCCAGGGCAAAGAUCUUAGAAGGAACCUGAGUGUCAAGAUGACAGACGCAACUCCUGCAACUUCUGCUCAACCAGUCAGCAACAACACCAUAUCCUGUCCCAUUCAUCAAGGGCCACACAGCCUAGCUGAAUGCAGAGAGUUCGCAAAGAAGCCUUACAAAGAACGACUCCAAAUAGUUCAAAAGGCCAAGGUGUGCUUUAGAUGCUGCGGCGCCACUAUUCACUUCUCCAAAGACUGCAAAGAAAAGGUUAAAUGCCAACACUGCAACAGCAUCAAGCAUUGUUCUGCAAUGCACAACUUCGAUUCCCCUCAAUUCAAAGCAAAGUCAAAUUCUCCUACCAAAGAAGAAACCAAAGAAGACCAAAGGCCUACAGAACCUCAGGUAGCCCUCAAGGCUCCUGCGGUUGCCUGCACCAAGCUUUGUCAAAAUAGCCACAAGCCCAGGAUUUGCCACCCAAUCUGCCUGGCAGAGGUGUAUCCAGACAAGCAGCCGUGGAAUAAGAAAAGGGUCUACGUCGCCUUGGAUGCCCAAAGUGACGCAUCUCUUGCAACCCCAGAGUUCUUCAACAUGUUCAACCUUCAUACAGAGACAAUAGAAUACACCAUAUCCACUUGUUCUGGAAAGAAUAAGAUGAAUGGCAGAGUUGCAACAAAGUUCAAAAUCUCACCUGUCGGACAAAAGGUCAGGUACGAUCUUCCUGACCUUAUAGAAUGCAGCCUGAUUCCCAGGAACAAAGAACAGAUAGCCACAAAGGAGGUGGUACAAGCCCAUCCUCAUCUCAAAGGUAUUCAAGAUCUAAUUCCAGCUUUGGACUUGGAAACAGACAUCGUCAUGCUUAUCGGUGCAGAUUGUCCCACACUGUUCCGUGUUAGCAACCAGAUUGAAGGUCCUAAGGGAUCACCUAUGGCCCAGCAGUUGCCUUUAGGAUGGACGGUGUUAGGCCCAGUCUGCCUGAACAAGAUGUUCCAGCCUGUCACUAAAAGGCCUUCACUAAUGCAAGGAUGUGCCAGCCACAUCUCAGUUUGCUGCCAGGGAGUAAUGCCAGAUUACUCUCCCAUCAUCGAAGUGACAGAGAGAGAUGAGCAAACAGCCUUCUCUAAAAAUGAUCAGAAGUUUCUUGAGAUGAUGAACAGCCAAGUCACUCAAGUCUCUGAAGCUAAUUGGACAGCACCUUUACCUUUCAAGCCGGAAAAACCAUCUCUACCCAACAACAGAGAUGUUGCCCUUCAUCGUCUCCUGUCCUUAAGAAGAAGGAUGCUAAAGGAUCCGAAGGUAAAGACCCAGAUCACCCAGUUUGUGGAAGACCUCUUCAAAAGCAAUGAUGCUGAACCAGCUAGUGUGUGUGGAGGGAGAAGAGCAGUGGCAUUACAUAUCCACUUCAGAAAAUCCGGCAGAUGUGACAUCCCGAGGAACAUCAGCCGCAAAGUUGUCCAAGUCAUCCUGGAUCACUGGACCCAAAUGUCUUCAAAAUCCUUCCUUUCCAGAAAGCAUCUCCGUGCUCAAAGACACUGAGUUGCCAGAAAUUCAGUCCUGCAAAUCUACCAUCGAUGGCCAAGACUUAUCAAGGCAAGGUUUAAAUCCAGCCAAGUUUGAAAGAUUUUCAAAAUGGACUAGACUUCAGGCAGCCAUUGCCAGGCUCAUACAUUACAUCACUACAAAAAACAGUGGUGCAAUUCAGCCCCAAGAUCUUUCAAAAGCCUCAACAGUCAUCCUGAGAUCCACUCAAAGACAGUGUUUUUUAGAAGAAAUAGCUUGUCUAGAAAGAAAAGCAUCCUUGCCCAAAAAUAGUUGUUUAAAGGACUUGAACCCCUUCCUGGACAAUGAGGGUUUCCUUAGGGUUGGAGGUAGACUAAAAAGAGCAAAGAUUAGAUCCUGUGUUAAAAAUCCUUUUAUUUUGCCACACCAUAGCCACAUAGCUCUGCUGUUGACACAGCAUUUCCACGCAAAGGUUAAACACCAAGGAAGGUCAAUUACUCAGUCUGCCCUAAGAAACUAUGGGUUUUGGAUUGUUAGGUGCCAACGUAAAGGUUGGGGAUUUGGUGUUACUUAAUCAAAGAUGCUCCUAGAUACCUAUGGGCUAAGGGUAUUGUGUCAAAAUUAUAUCCUAGCUCUGACAAUAGAGUGCGCAAGGCCCAGGUUAAGGUCAUCUCUAACGAAAAGGUUUUUUUUAUUUGACAGGCCUAUUAGCGACAUGGUUGUGUUAUUUUCAGAAGACAUACAGUCUUAAAGUUUUUUGAGUUAAAGGUAUUUAACUCCAUUUUGUUUAGAUUUCCGAAAGUCCGGAAAUCUAGGCCGGGAGUGUGACGGCGCGAGUGGCGCCAUCUAUAUGUCAAACUAUAAGUUUCAAGAUUUGAAUUGUUGUAUCAUGUCUGAUUUUGCCCUUACCCUGUAAAUGUAGUUGGAUUGGUUAUUUAUAUCUGUCAAUCAAUGUUGUUUGUACCUGUUAUAUUGCUCACUUAGCUAAACUAUUUGGCUCCACCUCUUCCUGGAGUAGGACUGUGUUUCCUCUUUUCAUUCCAUCAGCAAGUUCUGUAUCGGAUGGACGUGAAAGAGAGGCUUGGCUCAAAAAGCCCUUCAAAAGUUACCUCUCAGCACCAAUUCUGAGGUUCUUACCCUUGGGACUCACACUUCAUGUUCAGGGCCAACCUGAACAACGUUGAGGAGUCUCAAGCGCCUUCACAUCAGUCCUUUGGCAACAGAGGAAGACUCUUGUCUUCAGAUAUAGGUCAUUGGACUGAGGCUGAGUUUGCUCCGGCAUUCACAGCCAGAGAGAGAGGGAUCUGGACAAGCUUCAUGGACUUAAACAACCAAAGACUGUAAUGUAUAUUUUCUUUUACCCCCUUUGUGAAGAAUAAACCCAGUUUUUGAGUUAA